CGCUACGCUAGUUAGCAUUACGGUGGGGGAGAAGCUAACCCCUCGGAGGCACACGUACAACUGUCCGCUCCUCUCGGUCUAUGUGUGCAUCACUUGAUUUUACUGGGGUUAAAAAUCACCUGAGAGACUAAAGCGAAGAACCGGUGUAAGAUGCAGUUCAUGCUGCUUUUCAGCCGUCAGGGAAAGCUGCGGCUGCAGAAAUGGUAUGUGCCUCUGUCCGAUAAGGAGAGGAAGAAGAUCUCCAGAGACCUGGUCCAGACUAUACUGGCUAGGAAACCCAAGAUGUGCAGCUUCUUGGAGUGGAGGGAUCUCAAGAUUGUGUACAAGAGAUAUGCAAGUCUGUAUUUCUGCUGUGCAGUAGAGGAUCAGGACAACGAGCUGAUCACUUUGGAGAUCAUCCACAGAUAUGUGGAGCUGCUGGAUAAAUAUUUUGGCAGCGUGUGUGAGCUGGAUAUUAUCUUCAACUUUGAGAAGGCCUACUUUAUCUUGGACGAGUUCCUGCUGGGCGGAGAGGCUCAGGAGACGUCAAAGAAGAAUGUGCUGAAGGCCAUCGAGCAGGCUGACCUGCUGCAGGAGGAGGCCGAGGCACCACGGAGCGUCUUGGAGGAAAUUGGACUGACAUAAAUCUUGACUCUGCAGCGUCAAGUUCUUUCUUCCAACUUAGGUCUGGCAACCUCCACCAAUUUACCCCCCCUCCCCCCAUCUUCUCCCGUUCACUGUGUCAGUGUUGUACGUAUAUAAUCACCACCUCCAUGUACUGUAUUACUCUGUACUGUAUUAUGCUGUAAUGUCCCUUUUUAAAUGUGGUGCCAACUGUGGUUCUUUUGAUGUGUCUCCGUAUUGUGCCAGUUUCCCUUUCGCUGUAUUCUGCUGAGCUAUAAGCAGACACCAUCUUAAAAACUCCAGAGAGAGAGAAAAGAAAUGUAGCAACAACAUAAAAUCUUUAGCCUUAUAUUAAGAUCAUGCAUCAUCACUGAUCGACGCGUUGUUUGUGCUUGUUUGGCUUCAAAGUAUUUGUUUAAAGGUGCUGCUGUAGCUGUGGUCGGUUCUUCCUUAUGUACAAGUAUUCAUGACGUCACAGAGCUAAGCAUUAGACUCGUGAAAAAGGAAUCCCAGAUCAUUUAGUAUUACCUACACCAGUUUAUCCAAUAAGAGGAUAAGGGGAGGGACCUUAAUGUUGUUUCUGUCCCUCUGCACAGAGGAAAACCGUAACCCUCCAAAAGCUCUUAUUUAUGUUCAAACAUUCAAACUAUUCCUCUGGAAAACACCAGAAGAGCUAAAGGACAAAUACAUACAAGCUUACAAGGUUAUAAAACAGACAAAAUAAAAUGAAUAAACCACACAAUCACAUGGACAAGCAAGCAUGACUAACACUUACUCUUAAAGCUGCUGCUGAUGAUGAUGAUGAUGUUGUGAUUUAAACACAGCACAGACAUUCCUGUGUUAUAAUUUAUGAAAUAUUUACACGUAAUAAGAAAGAAGUCAAACCAGAUAUUCAGCCAGGAGCUGAAUUUUAGCCUCUGGAGCGUUGCAUGUCAUAAAACACUGCUUCUACCUUCCUCUGUGUCUAUUAGACCAGUGUUUCCCAACCCUGGUCCUCAGGGAACACUGUCCUGCAUGUUUUAGAUGUUGCCCGAGCUGUUGAUCUGAGGUGUGCUGGAGCAGGGCUAGACUAUACUUCAAAAUAAAAGCCUGAAAGAACACAGGUUUCAUUCACAGAUUGAAAGUUUACAGGACGUUGUCUUAUGAAGAAAAUGUACUUUCUAAGCAUAGUUUACAUCGUAUAAUCUACAUUGGUAUUGACCUUUUGGUGAUAAGAUGUAUACAAACCCUCACAUCCUCUUUUCUUGCCAUUUGUGCAAUUGCACUAUUUACAUAUUAACCAUUGUUGAUUGGUUUAUUUGGGAAUUAACCAAUCAAUCAAAUUAGGGAUGCCCCAUUCCCAUUUUUCAGUCCCGAUACUGAUACCUGGAGUGAAGCUAUGUGCGAAUGUACGAGUUAAAAACAGUAUUAAGUGGGUUUUGUUUCAAAGAUCUACUGCUCAGCUCUGUGGCUCAAUCACUGUUACUAUUUGUGGCUUCUGUUAUGAGAAACACUGACACUGUUACAAUCACUUCUACAUGGUUACAUUCACUUCAGCAAUUCAUUGAAAUUAAACACAAAAAAAUCAGGUUCAUAAAUGUUUGUUUUGAUUCCUCUCCAGAAAUUAACAAUUUAAUUACUUCUUUUUUUUUUUUACCCUUUUUCUAAACAGCAGUUUGUGUGUAAUUGGUGUCAAAGGUGAUUUACGUUUUAUUUUUCUGUCAAAGACAUUGGAGUAGGAUACGUCUCCUGUAGUCGCAGGUCAGAAAUUGCAUAGUGAUCCAAAUAAAAGAGAUGCUUUUUGUGUAUUAUGACACUUUGGCUUAAAGACUUAACAUAUGACCAAAGAACACUGUGUUUUACCUUCUUAAAGGUGUACUGAAGGCGAACAUGGCAGAACAAAAGGGAUUGCAGGAUGUUUGAUGGAAAAAAAGGGAUGUGGAGUUGAUUUGGCCAGAUUAUUAUCAGUAUUAUGUAAUAAUUACAGUCCAUUAAAAGGUGGGUGUAUCCUGAGUUUGUGGAACAGGAACACAAGAGGAUGAACUGCACAUAUCAGGGUACAUCAUUCAUAUUCACCACUUUUGACUAAGCUACGAACUCUUCACUCUGCACUCUUUUAAAAAAAAAACACGUUUCUGUUGAGCAUUUAUGAACAAUUGUUCAAUAUUCAUCUUUGAUUUGUGCAAAAAAUAAAUCAGUUCCUUUUGUAUUGAACACUGCCAACAUGUCUGCUGACAUUUCUGUCUUCUUACAUUUGAAAGACAAUAACAAAUAAAUGUAUUUAAAAAGGAAAA